UCAGCGAGAAGCCAUUCAAAACCCAAGCAGUCAACCCAAUAUGGCGUACGAAGGAAAAUCUGAGAGAACAAGAUUGGUCAAAAAGGAUCCUGACGACCCUGGUCUGCAAGCUGUUUUCCAGACUGCACCACAGACUCAGCAGAACACAGACCGGACUGGAAAGUUCUCCUCCACCUUCGGACUCAUCAUAAGCAGCCUGGGGACAGCUGUAGGGACUGGCAACCUCUGGCGCUUCCCGAGGAUUCUAGCCAAUAAUAGUGGAGAUCAAGGAUGUCUGCAUUUUCUGCUGGUCUGGUUGAUGUUUCUGUUCCUAUGGUCCAUUCAAAUUAUCAUUAUGGAGUACGCCAUUGGUCGAUUCACCAAGAGGGCUCCACCAAUGGCCUUCCACGACCUUCUGGGAGUAAAGUCCACAUGGCUUGGAGGGUGGAUAAGCAUAGUUGUCUUUUUCACAAAUUGCUACUACGGAGUCAUCGUCGGAUGGGCUGUGUACUACAUGUACUACUGCAUCUUUCACCCCUUACCAACAACAUUUGAUGAGAGUAGCGAGAUAUGGAAAGCUUUCUCUGAGGAAAGCAGCUGGCCAGUGUUGCUACACUUCAUAGUCACUGUGGGAUGUGUCAUUGUGAUGUGGAAAGGAGUAGACACCAUCGAACCUGCUAUGAAAAUUUUGAUGCCUGGACUCUUCAUUCUGGUCAUCACAGCGUUUAUCUGGGCUCUAACUCAACACAAUGCCGGAUCUGCCCUUGCCUACAUUUUUACACCAGACUGGAAACUGUUAGGUACGCCAAGAGUAUGGAUUGAUGCCCUGUCUCAGAACGCUUGGGAUACAUCGGCAGCAUCUGGUGUUUUCCUAGUGUACGGAGCAAGUAUGACCAAAAGCAUGGGACCUGUGAAGACAGGCAUUCUCAUCCCAACACUCAACAACAUUGUAAGUCUAAUGGCUGGGAUGAUGAUCUUCUCUACUGUAUUUUCUACGUGGACUAAAGUCAGUCCAGGAGGCGACAAAGAUGACCUGAUGAAACUUCUGAAGACAAACGGCCCUGCCAACACUGGACUCACCUUCAUCUGGAUGCCGAUCCUGUUCUCCACCAUGACGGGUGGCCGUGUGAUGGCGUCACUGUUCUUCCUGAUGGUGGUGGUGGCAGGCUUCAGUAGCUACGUCACAGUGAUGAACAGUACUGCACAGGUGCUGGUCGACUGGGGAGUGAGACGAGAUGUGUCCUCUGUUGUGAUUGGUUUGAUGACGUUCCUCCUGGGCGUACCCAGUGCUCUCUACAUACACUUUCUUGCAAACCAGGAUUUUAUAUGGGGCUCUGCUCUCAUCCUCUCUGGGCUGGCUUUCACCUACCUGUUCUGGAAGUAUGGAUCACUCAGCUUUCGUCUCAACUUGCUGAAUGAGUCCGGAGAUGGCUCUGACUGGAAGCUACCCAAAAUUUGGGAAUGGCUAGUAAAAUAUGUAUUACCAGUUGAGGGUCUUGCAUUACUGGUGUGGUGGAUCGUGAGUACUGUACAGAAUGAGAAAACACCCUGGUACGAGCUGGGAGUCCAUUCUCUGAUGACAGCAAUCCUGGGGUGGUCCGUCGCAGCGUUGUUCCUAGUGGGACUGAACGUGCUGUUUGUCCGGUGCCGAGGACGGAUGUCCCGCUGUUGGUCUUCACUUAUCGACAAACAGGACGACAUCCCUGUCUGCUGCUGCUGUCACAAAGAGGACAAAGAAUACAGAGAUAAUUUCAUCGUCAUGACAGACAGGGCUGGAGUUGGACCAGUUCAAGACUACACGUACAGCACAGUCAACUAAAGGCAAACUUCUGGCUAACUGUAUAGGGCUUUUUCAAUCGCAUUUAGCCAGCAAUAACUUAAAGCUAUUGUGUCGUAAGUUUAAACUGUAAUUUCCUACACAAAAAUUGGAAAAAUUGGACGAAAUUUUCGACUGUACAACUCCAGUCUUUGUCGAUGAAUGAACAAUGUGUCGCUUUUAUGGCGUCACUUUAUGCUCAUUCCUUGACAAAGACUCAGAUGCAUAGUAGAAAAUUUAGGUAAGUCCAAUUUCUUGAGUUGGAAAUUAUUGUUUAAAAUUUCGGCAUAAUGACGUCCAUCUACCAACACAAAAGAACUACUAGUAUCAAGAUAGCUCGGUGCUAUGUGUUGAGUAUAGGUGUUGAAUACUGCAAUGUUCAGUAUUUAUAGUUCUUACUGUAUUUAAAGUCUUGCUGAUAUUUUUCAUUCUAUUUCAUUGUUAUUUUCUCCCAGCCUAUGGGGAGUUCAUUUUGACCCUAAACAAACAAAAACCUCUGCACAUGGAGGUAAGAAAAUGUAUUGCUGUGAACAACUUUGCUACCUCAUGAGAUCUUUGUUAACAAUGCCAAUGCCAAAUAAGCAUUGGGAUUAAAGUACUUAAUAAAUCUUUGAUAUGUAUUGAGAUGAUGACAUUACACAACAGUAACUUUAUUUUUUUAGUUAAUUAAAGGUGUUGGGGUGCAGAAUGGUUUAGAAGAGUAAAACAAACUUAAAAGUAGUGUGUACCUUUUUAUGGUUAACUUGAAACGGAUAAUUGAUGCUCAGGUCAAAUAUGUAACUAUAAAAAAUAUCGUUAGUAAUUGUGAAUGUCAUGAUUUCCCCUGUUUAAGGUUAUACUGAUCAAGUGCAGAAAGUUUAAGAAGAGUAAAACAAACUGGAAAGGUGUGUACCUUUUUAUGGUUCACUUGAAACUGAUAAUUGA